GGCAGGUAUCUUAUUAGCUCUGUAGAGGUGAAGGAUGGGGAGUAAACUGGAUCUCUCUGGUCUGACGGAUGUGGAGGCUGAGCAUGUGAUGCAGGUGGUGCAACGGGACAUGCAGCUGCGCAAGACGGAGGAGACGCGGCUCAUUGAAAUGAAGAAGGCGCUGGUUGAGGAGGGCAGUCGGUCUGUUCUGCUGUCACGGCAGCACAGGUUUAAUGAGCGCUGCUGCAUCCGUUGCUGUUCUCCCUUCACCUUCCUGCUCAACCCCAAGCGUUCCUGCCUGGACUGUUGUUACAACGUCUGCAAGGGAUGCUGCACCUACAGUAAGAAGGACAAAGGCUGGCUGUGCUCCGCCUGCCAGAAGACUAGGCUACUGAAGACCCAGUCACUGGAAUGGUUCUACAAUAAUGUGAGAAGGCGUUUUAAAAGGUUUGGCAGUGCUAAAGUGUUAAAGAACCUCUACAGGAGGCAUGCGGCCGAGCGUGGAGUGCUAGCAGAGCCUACAGAGGGGAGCACUUAUGAGGAGAGCAUCUGCAAUGAAAGUAGCGUGUAUGAGAGUGACUCCACAUUCUACAGACAAAGUGAAGAGCACAGCAUGGCGGAGACUAUUAGUGUGGCAAUGCGUGUGGCAGAAGAGGCCAUAGAUGAAGCCAUUGCUAAGGCUGAGAGCCAGACUGACAGUCAAGAGAAGCAGAACGAAGCUCAUUAUCUGCGAGAGAACAGAGCAGAGCUGAUAGAGGAAUUGGCCAAAACAAUAGUACAGAAAAUUGUCCACCGGAGGAUGGAUCCGUCUGAGAUUCAGUCUGAAUGUAAUCUGGACCUGUUGCCUGACCAGAACAAUGAUGGGACCUCUCCUGAUCAAACCCAGAGUGCCUUCGAUGCUUAUCUCUGGAGGUCUUACUCAGCUUUCUGUCUCUUGACUGAUGAGAAAAGAGACCAGCAUGCUAACACUGGGUCAAGGCCUUCAGCUUCUAAAAGUCAUGCUCUGGAAAUGAAGAAAGAAGAAACGAUGCCUGUCCAGGCCAUGCCUAGCUGGAGGAGUGUUGACCGACUGGACAAUUCCAUGUUACAGAGUCCUGAUGGGAACUGGAUUGCUUAUCAGAGCAACUUGCUCUCUCGACCGAGCCUUUUAACUAAGCGCAAAAGUCUUGUCUACAGCGUCUUAGAAAGGGAGUCUGGCGUGGGGUCAGCUUACGACGAAAUGGGCUCCGAAACAGAGCCCGAAGCUAAUGGAGGCUAUGGCGCUGCACUAGUAGAGUUUCGUCGUAAAAUGUCUGCCAAUAAGCAGUUGAGUUACACAGAAUCCUACAGCCGACAAGCAACCUUGCCUUUGGAUGCACAAGCACAAAAUAUCACUGCACACACCUUGAAUGCUGACACCGAGAACUCAUCAGGACCGGAUGGACCAAUGCCCAAGUCCCACAAAAAUAUGCUGCCCUUCCUGAAGAGAAAAGUGCCACUAGAACAGAGGCGACUCUCAUCCGCCCGCCUUUCGAACAUCAUGGAUGUUAAUUCCAACCCAGGAGGGGCUGAAAGCAGUGAGGAUGGUCUAGAGGACAGCAGGGUCAAGAGAUCACGACGAAGGAGGAAAAAUAAGAGAGAGGAGGCAGAGUGGAAAGGACAGUCAGUAUUGUCUUUGGCUGUACCGGAUUCCAAUAGCCAACUCUCAGAUUCUCUGGUGAAGAGUCGUCAUGUGAAACAAGACUUGCAUGGAAAAAGACCAUGUGAUCAUGCUCUGGAAGAUGACACUUCAGACACUGCUACCCCUGACAUCUUGAGCUCUGGAGCUGUGACCCCUGAUCCAUUUGGACCUGAUCUCAGUUCUCCUAGUAAUUCGAAUUAUAGAGCCCUUGGUGUGGUUGGAUCUUUAGAUCAGCAGUUGACUUCCAAACUGAAAGAGCUGACCAGUCAAGUCAGAGAAACACAACUUUCCUCCACUGAGGAUGAAUUGGACAGGUUGGAGUAUCAAAUGUGGGAUGAAGAUGAUGAAACAAAAGCAAAAGUGGGAGAUGAAGUCAUGGGAGAUGCUUUAUUGAAGAUUGAGGCUGUUGCAAAAGAAAGAUCAAAUGAAAUUGAAGCCACAAAUCAAGUAAGGAGAACUGAGAUGUUGAAAGAAGAUGAUCUGACUUCCAAACUCAGAGAGUUGACCAGUCAGGUCAGUGAGACACUACUUUCCUCCACUGAUGAUGAACUGGACAGGUUUGAGCAUCAAACUGUAAAUGAAGGCAUACAUCAAUCAAUGAUAACUGAGAUGCUGGUGGUAGAUGACAGAACAGAUGGAGACAAAAUAUUACAACGUUACAAAAAAACCCAAAAUCAUGUAGAGAAGAUGGUUGAAAAAGCAGAAGAAGAGAGAUCAGAGAAAAAGCAAAAGGACACUGUGGCAGAGCAGGACAUUAGUAAGCAAAAGGAUACGAAGGAGACGCAAAUGUCAGAAGAAAUGAGCUCAGGGAGCCAAAAACAGACACCCGCAGAGACAGAUGCUCAAAAUGAGAACGCUAGUGAGAGAAGUGAAGAGACAAAGAACAAGAGAGAAGUUCAGACUGAAAAGAGAAAAGCAGAAAUAAAAGAUGGUGGAAAUGUGGUUGAAGGUCAGCAGAGCAGAGCUGAGAAUACAGAGAUGAUCGAUCAUAUUGAGAAGCGGGGACAGGCCUUAUCCUCUGAACUGGCUUUGAAUAGAUUUAUAAGUGAAGAUGGAAACAUGGAAUUUGAUAGGAUCAUCGAUGCUGUAGCGAAGGCUUUGGAUGACAUGGAAGAUAACAUAGAAGCUUACACCAGUGAGGGGGUAUUUUUAGACAGGGAGGGAAGUGAGGGAGAGAAACUAGAGAUGAAGGAAGAGAAGGAGAAUAUAACUGAACAAGACAUGGAUGGCAAGACAACAUUUGAGGUAUGCUUUGUUGGUGGACAAUUGAAGAAGGUACAGGGAAAAAAAAUGAAGGAAGAGGGCAAAAUCAAUGAAUUUGUGGCACUAAAGAACCGCAGGGAAUAUUCUGAGAAGACAGAAGACAAACAAUGCAUCACAUCAUCAGAAGAGAGAGUUCAAAAGAAAGAUGGCAACAGUCAAGGUGACGUGGUUAAAAUGAAGGAGCAGAGGAACAAGGACACAAUUCAGCACAGCGCCCCAUCUGGUCAGGGGGAAUAUCUGUCACCAGAGGAGAUCUACAAGGAUGCACACGUGCUGGACAAAGAGAAAAACCUAAAUUGUAUCUCCAGUAUACUACAGCAGAAGUACUCGGCUGUAUCACUGCGCAGCAUCACCUCCGAGGUGCUGAAAGUACUGAACGCCACUGAGGAUCUGAUUCACGGAUCAAUGGGAGACGGACAAAGCCAAACAGACCGCAGUGACGUCUCAAGCAUUCCCCCUGCCGAGGCCAGAAGACUGGACGAGCAGCUUAGCAGACUGGAGGAGAACGUGUAUGUGGCGGCAGGUACAGUGUACGGGCUUGAGGCUGAACUGGGGGAUCUGGAAGAGUGUGCGCGCAGCAUCGGUGGAUCCACCACCGAAAGAGAGCUGGCUCAUCUGGAGGACCAGGUGGCCUCUGCAGCAGCCCAGGUGCAGCAGUCUGAGCUCCAGGUUUCAGACAUUUCCUCAAGAAUUGCGGCUCUGAAAAAUGCAGGUCUUAAUGUAACUCCACAGACACAAUUUACCAAGGUCAAGACUGUAAAAACCAAGACACAAACCAUCAGCUCAUCUCGGAAACUGAGGAGGCGACUGCCAGCACCUCCAAUACAAGAUAAAGAAGCAUAAAGAGGAUAGAAGGAGACAUCAGCAAGCAUCAUCGCAAAGUUAAAUACGGUAACUAAAAACCUGAAAAGCCACUGAUCACAUGUGCCUUGAAGCUCAUGGGUCAUAGAAAAGAUUUUAUGAACUCAAGCUGUGGUGGGAUAGAUUCAAAUGACUGAUGUAUCGCUCAUGCAGUGAUGCCAUAUUACACAAACACAUAGCUCUUAGAUCAGGUUGCUUUAUUACCUCUCGCUCAUCCAUACUAGUGUCUGAAUUAUUUCGAAAUAGUUACUGAAAUGUAAUAACUAAGUAAAUGUAAGAUGUAAAAUUAUGAUGUGGAGCUUUGUUUGGGCAUUUUGACCAUUACUGUGAAUCAAACUCAUCAUUCAAUUAAACUUUUAAUAAUAAUAAUUAAAAAAAU